ACUGCCGUCCGAACAGCGGCGAGCGAGUCUAUAAAGCUGCGACGUCUUCUGCGGGCGCCCAGUGGCGCCCAGCCUUGCCCACCACCAUGAAGACCGCCGUCCUGGUGUACGUCGCCCUGCUGGCGGGCGUGGCCAGCGCACUGGCCACCAAAGAGGUGCCCAUCGCGAAGAAAGUCGGCCUGAAGCAGGUAUCCGGAUACAAGUCCGGUCUCAAGAUCUACAACGGAAAUGUUGCAAAGGCCGGCCAGUUCGCGUACUACGUGGCCAUGUACGUCAACAUGGAAGCAUUCUGCGGGGGCUCGCUCAUCCACCCCAAGUGGGUCCUGACCGCUGCUCACUGCGUGGAAGCAGGCUCCCUAUGGACGAUGUUCAUGGGUGCGCUUAGCAUGCAGCUGCCCAAGGAGGAGGGCCGGCAGGUGCACGUCAGCCGGGCCGCCUACCUGCACCCGGACUACGUCCGCUACGGUGACUUCGAGUACGACGACAUCUUCGUCAACGACGUCGGCCUCAUUCAGCUCCCGGACGCCGUCUCGAUGACCUCCAGCCGGAUCGGUGUGGUGAAUCUCCCCGAUCCCAAGGGAAAAUCGUUACUCAACAAGGAGCCGUAUGUGCCGGGCUUCGGUUUGGUCGGUGACGAAGUGAGCGUCAUCAGUAGCAAACUGAUGUACACCCAGCUCCCGGUCGCGAGCAGCGACCUGUGCUACAGCCACUACGGCAUCGCGGACCCGUCAGUGAUCUGCGUCGACACGAGCGACGUGAAGGCCAGCACGUGCGGCGGAGACGACGGCGGACCCAUGGUGCUUCAGGACGAGGGCAAAACGGUCCAGGUGGGGAUCACGAGCUUCUGGGCGCGCGCGGGCUGCACCGUGGGCAGCCCCGUGGGCUUCACCAACCUCGCCCAGUUCGUCCCUUGGAUCGAAGAGGCGACCGGCAUGCGUUACCCCUUCCCCAGCAGCUUGAGCCAGGAUGGCCGGCGGAGGGUCGGCGGCGGUCGGCGCGGCCCCGCGCGGGAACCGACGCUAUAUAGGGGACCUCGCCGCCGUCCGGCGGCUAGUGGAGCCGCCGCGAUGCUCGCCAUGAAGUUCCUGCCUGCUGUGCUGUGCGCGGCCGCCGUCCUGGCCUGCGCCGCCGCCUCGCAGGCGGAGGAGCAGCUGCCGGUCUUCUUCAGGGACGUCCCCGGCGCCCCCAGGUCGGCCGAGCCGAAGCAGGAGCAGGAGCGUCACGGGCUUGGCAUCUACAACGGGGACGUGGCCACCAGGAAGCAGUUCCCCUACCAGGCCGCGCUCUACAUCGACCUCAACGUGUUCUGCGGCGGCUCGCUCAUCCACGAGAAGUGGGUGCUCACCGCCGCGCACUGCGUCGAAGGGGGCAACAUCUGGUACGUGCUGUUGGGCGUGACGGAGAGCCUGACCCCGCGGCAGGACGGCAGGCGCACCUACGUGACCCGCGGCGGCAUCCGCCACCCGGACUACAACUCGCGCUACAUCCUCAACGACAUUGGCGUCAUCCAGCUGAUGCGGCCCGCCACUCUGAGCGAGUACAUCCAGACCGUGCCCCUCACACCGAAGAACGCGGUCUACAUCGGCACCAACCCUACCGUGUCCGGGUUCGGCCGCACUGACGACACCAACGCCUCCCCCAUCAGCCCCAUGCUCCGCUACACGACGCUGCCGGUGGUCUCCAACGACGUCUGCUCCGAUGCGUACGGCUCCGAGACCGGCAACCACCCCUCCGUCAUCUGCCUGCGCGCCGAGGGCAGCAGCUCCUGCAAGGGCGACAGCGGCGGCCCAUUGGUCCUCCAGGACGACAACGGGAAGACCUUCCAGAUCGGCACUGUGAGCUUUGGCGCCAGGGCGGGCUGCUCCGUCGGCAUGCCCGUCGGCUACGGCAACGUGUCGCUCUUCAUCGACUGGAUCUCCGAAACCACCGGCGUGGACUUCUCGUAGGCCCCCGGCUCGGCUCGGCCCGGCCGCGCGACGCGCGUAUCGACGUCAUGGGAUUUGCGGCUGAUCCACUCACGGAUGACGGACUGAAUGGCCGAGCCGCGCUGCACGCGACCGGGAUCAGGAUCAACCUUAUCGCCUUAUCGUGAUCCUGGCGCGGCGCCCGGUCGCGUUAGGCCCUGAGCCCGCCGACUACUUACCCACGCUGCAGUAAUCAGAGCUUCACUGAAGAGCCGGGCCAAGAUAAACAUACUUCCAGUAUUAAAAACUGGCGAAAUCGCACUGAUUUCACCGAAAUGACUGUGUUAAUUGGAGUUUUGUAUUAAACAGUUGGUCAAUAAAAACCCUUUUACCUAA